AUGCCGACUACCAUGAAGAACCCACAGCUCGUGCAUGCAGACACGAUCCGAAUGGGCAAAUGGACCGAUUUCCACGGCGUCGAAGCAGACAAACUCGGCACAUGCUCUGUCACGGCAAUUGUCAACGAGGAAGGCUUCUUGCUCUCCAACACAUCCUCGGAUGGGUUUAGGGAGAUCCCUGCUGCGGAACAGCUGUGUGCGCUCUACAAUGGGAACAAACUGCUAUUCGGCAACAAGCCGGUGAAUGUGUGGAUUGUGUAUGAGCAGGAAAAUGCAGUCAAAGGACGGGGGAUUAGGAAUGUUAUGCGGAAAAUCGGACCUGCGCGUGUUUUCGAGCAGGUGUAUAAUGGGGAAUCUUUCAUGAACCGGCCGAGCGAGGAGGGUGCGAGGUUUUGUCUGACGCUGGGGGGUGGGUCUGUUGUUGCUACUAUGUCCCGGCAGGAUAGAGGAGGGUGUUCUAUUCUGCUUUCUGGGGAUGGGACGACUGUUGUGUGUCGAUAG